AAUACAUGCACUAAUUAAACUAAAACCCAUCUGCAUAAUUUUGUAGCUCUGAUCGCCUGACCUCCUCCACUGUAACAUUAUACUAACUAGUCCAAGUAUUUUUCCGAUUCUGCAAUACAUAGAAACCUCACCGGAAAGGGCAGAGGUUUACUGCAAUUACCACUUAUCUCUGAUCCGUCGCUCUUUGAUACAAACAUAAACAUGAAGAAGUCGCAUCAAAGCAAACCCAUAUACUUUUUCUGUUUAGUAUUCUUUUUAUGUUCCGCAACAUCGAUCACAGCUCAAGAAGUUGAAGAUGAACGAGAGUUCGAUUAUCUUCAGGGAAGUGGAAAGGGACCGAAGCAGUGGGGAGCGAUUAAGAAAGAAUGGUCAGCCUGUAAGAAUGGAGGCAUGCAAUCUCCUAUUGAUUUAUCGAGUCACAGGGUCACGUUAGUCCCAAACUUGGGCAAGCUCAACAUCUCUUACAAUCCUUGUAAUGCUACCGUAAAGAAUAGAGGCCACGAUAUUUCGAUUUACUGGGAGGGCAACGCUGGAUCAAUUCAUAUAAAUGGUACUCAGUAUUUGCUAAAACAAUCUCACUGGCACUCCCCUUCCGAGCACUCCGUCAAUGGCAGGAGGUACGACAUGGAGCUCCACAUGGUUCAUCUAAGCUCCGAUCCCAAUGUCACAAACAAGAUCGCUGUUGUUGGCGUCCUAUACAAGAUUGGUCGCCCUGACUCUUUCCUUUCUAAGUUGACAGGGCAUGUAAAGUCAAUGAUGGAUCAGACGGAAGAGAGAAACAUAGGGACAAUUGAUCCCCGAGAAAUUAAAAUCCGUAAGAAAAACUAUUACAGAUACAUGGGCUCACUCACUGUUCCUCCUUGCACUGAAGGCGUUAUUUGGACCAUCAAUAAAAAGAUAAGAACAGUCUCAAGGGAUCAAGUAAAGCUAUUUCGAGUCGCUGUGCAUGAUUAUGCAGAGAUGAAUGCAAGGCCAGUACAACCACUUAAUCUUCGAGAGAUCCAGGUCUUUGACAGAAGAACAGGGAGCACAAAUAACUGAUGAUAUCUCAACUCCUAUCAGAAGAGAGUUUCUCACCACAUUUUUUAAUGUACAAUAAUGUUUCCCAUUGUUAUUGCUCUCCCACUUGCUAAAUAUGAGCAGAAUCAAUUGGUUAUCAUGAUAGUCACGUCAUGUAUUAUACGAGUAAUAGACUUAUCACAAUUUUUUAUCAUAUAAUAUAUAUGAUACAUGAUGUACUAAAUUAAUAUUAAAUAAGAUAAAAUUAUUAAUUAAUAUAA